UGAGCUGCUGCGGUGGCAGUGGCAGGAGGUGCAGGCGCCCUGCCUGGUGGCCGCCUGGAUCCUGGUGGCCAGCCUGGCCAAGAUCGUUUUCCACCUGUCGAGGAAGGUGACAUCCGUUGUCCCGGAGAGCUGCCUCCUCAUCCUGCUGGGGCUGGUCCUGGGGGGCAUCGUGUUGGCCGUGGCGAAGAAAGCCGAGUACCAGCUGGAGCCCAACAUGUUCUUCCUCUUCCUUCUGCCCCCCAUCGUCCUAGACUCAGGCUACUUCAUGCCCAGCCGGCUGUUCUUCGACAACAUCGGUGCCAUCCUCACCUACGCGGUGGUGGGCACGCUCUGGAACUCCUUUGCCACCGGCACAGCGCUCUGGGGGCUGCACCGGGCCGGGCUCAUGGAUCCGGGUGUCGAAGCUGGGCUGAUGGAUUUCCUGCUCUUCGGCAGCCUCAUCUCAGCUGUGGACCCUGUGGCAGUGCUGGCUGUCUUUGAAGAGGUCCAUGUGAAUGAGACCCUCUUCAUCAUCGUGUUUGGCGAGUCUCUCCUGAAUGAUGCUGUCACCGUGGUGCUGUACAAGGUCUUCAACUCUUUUGUGGAGCUGGGCCCAGCGCACAUCCACGCCACAGACUACGUGAAGGGG